AUGAACCAGCUCCUGGCGGCGCCAGCCCAGUUUGAGGUGACUGCUCUCGCCCGGACCGAAUCCAUAAACAAGCAAAUCUACAAGGACCUUGCUGCACGCGACGCCUUGGUGAAACCGGCCAAUCUCCAAGAUGUCGGCGCCGUAGCCACCAUGCUUUCCGGCGCGGAUGUCAUCAUCUCGUUAUAUCUGCCAUACACCGUCAUCGACGUCGGGCUUUGGUAUCAAGUCAACAUUCCGCUUGUGCCCUCGGGCAGACUAGACGACCUCAUCGUGUUGGACGAUUCUGUUAUUUUCGGCGGCGGGAACACCAAAACGGGCCUGAUUGACAUUGAUGAUAUCGGCAGGUACGUUGCUCGUAUUAUUUCCGAUCCUCGAACUCUGAACAAGAUGGUUGCUGCUUUUGGUCAGGUGACUACGCAAAAUGAAAUCCACAGCAUCGUCGAAGAGGUUACCGGCGAGACCAUUCCGAGAAAGUACCGCUCUCGAAAAGACCUCGAGGAAACCAUCUCUGCAACGGUUGAAAAGCUCGCGCAAAACCCCAUCGAUGAGGCUUUGAUAAUGCAAAAGUUUAUCCUGGGAUAUGCAUGCAGUCGAGGGAUCCGGGAUGACAACAACCUCGACACUGCGAAAUAUCUCAGGUAUCUGGACGCAAAGGAGCUGUCCCCGGAUGUUGAAUGCACGUCUUUCCAGGAUUAUAUCCGCCAGUUGGUCGAGGGCAAGAGGGACGCAGCGGUUACACAGUCCGCCCUCUGCAUCCAGUCCACUUUGGAAUGA